UUUGCCUCAGCCAUUCACUGAUCACAGCCAAGCGCUUUGCCUUUUGCUGCCUUCGUACAGCCCUCAUGGUGGUUCACUCCAAGAUGCGCGGAUCAACCUGUGCUGCUCUCGCAGUGACAGCGGCUGGUGCAGUGGGGCUGGGCUUUGUGGCACCACAGGUGCCCAGCAGCUCAAUGACACGCACCUCCAGCGCCUCCAGCACUGCGCCAGCUCGCAGCGCGGCAUCUUCAGCACGCGCGGUACCCAGCGCAGCGCCGGUUGCGGUGGCAGGUCUCGGUCUGCUGAGCCUGGCAGGGGCAUCUGCGCGCCGCAGCAAGAAGUCCAAGAAAUCCGUGGUAUCCUUGCGCGCACGAGGGGGUGAGGAAGACACCCGAGUUUGCAUUCCUUUGGAGGAGCUCCGGAACACCGACGUGGAGAAGGUCGGCGGCAAGAGCGCGUCCUUGGGUGAGAUGAUCUCGCAGCUCUCCGAUGUGGGCGUGCCAGUGCCAGGCGGUUUUAGCACCACGGCUUUUGCCUACAAGGAGUUUCUCGACAAAGGUGGCAUCAAUGAGUUCAUCAACGACAAGCUUUCUGAUGAGUCCAUCUAUGAAGAUGUUGACAAGCUCAUGAAGGUGGGCAAAGAGAUCAGAGACAAGAUCAUGGACACUCCUUUUCAAGAAGAUUUUGAGGAAGAGCUCAAGGCGCAGUGGCAGCGCGUCUCCGGCGGCGACGAGAAAUUCACCUUCGCCGUGCGCUCCUCGGCCACCGCGGAGGACCUGCCGGACGCCUCCUUCGCCGGGCAGCAGGAGACCUUCCUGAACGUCAUGGGCUAUGAGGACAUGAAACAGAAGGUGCAUUUGGUCUUCGCCUCCCUUUUCACCGACCGUGCAAUCUCCUACCGUCAUGACAGAGGUUUCGAGCACGAGAAGGUUCAGCUCUGCGCGACCUGCCAAAAGAUGGUGCGCAGCGAGACCGGCUCGGCUGGAGUGAUGUUCUCCUUAGACACGGAGAGCGGCUUCAAGGACGUGGUCUUCGUGACUUCUGCCUAUGGCUUGGGCGAGACCGUGGUGGGCGGCACGGUGAAUCCGGAUGAAUGGUAUGUUUUCAAGCCCACCUUGGCCGAAGGGAAGAACUCCAUCAUCUCUCGGACCAUGGGAUCAAAGUUGUGCAAGAUGAUCUACAAGGCUGGCGGUGGAUCGGAAACGGUGGACACCAGCGAUGAGGAGCAGAAUAGCUGGUCUGCCUCCGAUGAAGAGGUGAAGGCUCUUGCAGAGAUGGCUGUGAAGAUCGAGAAGCACUAUGGACGACCCAUGGACAUUGAGUGGGCUCGCGAUGGUGAUGAUGGGAAGCUCUACAUUGUGCAGGCUCGACCAGAGACGGUGGCUUCACAGAAAAAGGUGGGUGUCAUUGAGGAGUACAAAAUGUUAGAGAAAGGUGGAACCAAAAUUGCUGAAGGGCGUGCAGUUGGCAAGCGCAUUGGUAGUGGUGAGGUGAACAUCCUGACCAGCAUCGAUCAGAUGAGCGAGUUCUCCGAGGGCCAAGUGCUGGUGGCCGACAUGACGGACCCCGACUGGGAGCCCAUCAUGAAGAAGGCCGGUGCGAUCAUCACCAACCGCGGUGGCCGCACCUGCCACGCCGCCAUCAUCGCGCGCGAGCUGGGCAUUCCGGCCAUCGUGGGCUGUGGCGAUGCUACGGACAAGGUGAGCAAAGGUGACAAGGUGACCGUGUCCUGCGCAGAGGGCGACACUGGCUAUAUCUACGAGGGUGAACUGAAGUUUGAGAAGAAUGUUCAAGAUCUCGGAGAGCUUCCAGAGGUUGGUCUGAAGAUCAUGAUGAACGUGGGCAACCCGGAGACCGCCUUCGCCUUCGGCCAGCUGCCCAACGAGGGCAUUGGCCUGGCACGCCUGGAGUUCGUCAUCAACAAUGCCAUUGGAGUGCACCCAAAGGCUCUCCUGAACUACGACACGUUGGACGGUGAGACCAAAGAGCUCGUUGAUGAGCGGAUGAAGGGCUACAAAGGCCCCAAGGAUUUCUACGUGAAGAAGAUCGCCGAGGGCGUCGCCACCUUGGCGGCCUCUGUGUAUCCCAAGAGGAUCAUCGUGCGACUCUCUGACUUCAAGUCCAAUGAGUACAAGAGCCUCAUUGGUGGUGAGCAAUAUGAACCAGAUGAGGAGAACCCCAUGAUCGGCUUCCGCGGUUGUGGCCGGUACACGGACCCCUUCUUCGAGGAGUGCUUUGCCAUGGAGUUGGAGGCGGUGAAGAUGGUGCGCGGAGAGAUGGGACUGAAGAACGUGGAGAUCAUGAUUCCCUUCGUGCGGACCUUGGACAUGGCCAGAGACGUGAAUGAAGUCCUCGAGAAGAAUGGCCUCAAACGCGGGGAGGAUGGCCUAAAGGUGAAUAUGAUGGCUGAACUUCCAAGCAACGUCUUCCUCGCGGAAGAGUUCCUGGAGUAUUUCGACGGCUUCUCCAUUGGCAGCAACGAUCUGACGCAGCUGACCUUGGGACUGGACCGUGAUUCAGGCCUAGUGGCCCAGUACUUCGACGAGCGAAACCCUGCGGUGAUGAAGGGUUUGGAGACCUUGAUCAAAGCAGCUAAGAAGAAGGGCAAGUACGUGGGCAUCUGCGGACAGGGCCCUUCCGAUCACCCAGACCUCGCGAAGUGGCUCAUGGAGCAGGGCAUCGACUCGGUGUCGCUCAACCCAGACUCCGUCAUCCCCACCUGGCAAUUCUUGGCGAAGAAAUGAGCUGCGCCAGUAGCUGCGCCAUGUUUCAUGCCCCACAAGGCAGCAUGAAGCGAGAUUGACUGACCUGACCCCUCUCAAGAGGAGACUCUAGCCCCUCCAACCGACUCAGGCUUCUUUUGACCUCGUCUCAUGUUGCCUGGAAUGAGUUCAGUAGACUGGUGCAACACACAUGAAGUUUGCUGGCCAUUCCGGAGAUCGAUUUGAGACUUUGCUGGUCAACAGCCGCAAAUUUUCAGCCAGACCAUUGGCUUUCCUUUAGCCCGAAGGGUGAAUUGUUUUGGAUCUUCAAUCUGCUCAUGUGCAGACCCUUUUGAGCGUCUCUUGAGCACGACCCUCAGCUUCAGCUUCUCACCUGAAACACCCC